UAAGCAGUAUUUAAAAUAAUUUAUAAUCUCAACAAUUAACUUGGAAAGUCCCUGUAAUGGUGGUGUCCGGAGCCAGAAUUCGAAUUUAAAAUUUAAUUUUGUCCGCUUCAGUAGAACCCUAGGCGAUAGAAUCCCAAUUCCAACAAGCUGCUGAUUUUGAUUUUGAUCUCCAAUGUCGAGAUUUGAUUACCCAACACUCCCCCGACAAGACAUCAUCGCUGUAUUAGCCGAAGCUCAAAUAGCCUCCGUCUCCGACGAAGAUCUCAUCAAACCCACUCCCGACUUUGUCACUAAACUCUACUCCAGCAUUCUUCUUCAUAUCGACACUCUACAGGAUGAUCAUGACCAGGUGGAUUUCUCGGCUCUGGAGCACCUUGAGAACCCGGAUCUUCAUGUUGACUCUUUUCGGACCAUUAAUUUGUUUCAUAAGAUAAGGGAGAUGUUGGUUGCUUUGGAUUGUCCAGAGAUAUUUACUCUAAGGGAUUUGAUCAAGCCUGACCCUGAUCGCACCCGCUUCUUUGUCGGAGCCAUCCUCAACUUUUGUCUUCACAGGGACACUAAAUUAAAUGCUAUAAGACCGAUUGUGGAAGAUCUGACUCUCAUUGAUGAACAACGACUCGCUCUGGAGGCUAGAAUAUCUCAGUUAUAUGAAGAGAUUGCAGUACAAAAUGAAUCAAGAGAAAGGGAGAUGCCUUUGGUUCAAGAAAUAGAUUCUAAUGUUAAGGAACUGAGGCAAGCAAUUUCUGGUCUUAACAAUCACCAAGUGUCCUUGAAGGCCUCAAUAAGAAAACUUAAGGAGAGGGCUAAAGAGAUGGAUGAAAAGAUUUCUAAUGCUGACUUUGCAUUGGUACAAGCUGUUCAUGACAAUGCCAAUUUACGCUCUAAGAUUGUCCAAUCACCAGAUAAGCUUCAGAGAGCCCUGGAGGAAAAGAAAUCAUUUCAAGCUGAGAUAAGGAAUGCUGAAAGAGCAGCAAUGCAGUCUUUUCAAAAUAAAACUGCAAUUCUUGAGGUUUAUACGAAGGCUUACAAGAAAAUGUCCAAGAACUUCAAUCAGAUGCAGGCUAUACAGGAGCAGGUUAAUUCAACUAAAUCUAUUGAGAAAGAUGUAAAGGUUCUCAAACUAAAGCUGAGUGAUGAAGAAGUACAGGAAAAGUCCCUUGAAGCUAAACUAGUUGUAAGGCAAGGAAAAGCGGACCAAUUGGAAGAAUUAAGAAAGCAAUUAGAGAAAGAAAAAAAUCUUAGUUAUGAGGAGGCUGCCAAAGAAUUGAAAAAUGUAAAGUUGGAAGUGGAAUCAAAGAGGCAUGGUCUUAAAGCAAGGGAAAAUGACUUGGAAGGUGUACUUGCAGAGGCGGAUGCAAUAACUGAAAAAAUCAACUCAGUAAGGGAGUCUGGAGCAUCAAAAUGCCAAGAAUUGGGCCGUAAUUGCGAAGAAGUCAUAGCAGAGUUUUAUCGCCACUCAAACUCAAUCAGAGACUUGCUACCGUACAUUGAAGUGGACCAGACAAGUUGUUGAGAAAAGGAGUUGAUCUUUAACUAUAUCAUUAUAGUGAAGUAGAGCAGUUCUACAGUAACAAUUUGGGAAAAGUGGGAAAAACCUUCAUGACUCAGAUUAAGAUCUGCAACAUGCAAGGGCUGAAGACCCAAAAGGAAUCACACGUACAUAUUGCCUGGUAAGGCAUGUGUUGUUGAUCAAUUUGAUUUGUGAUAUAAAUAUAAAAUUAUGUCUACAGUUGUCUAUAUUUUGCCUUAGGUUGGACAUGUUAGUGCAGACACAUUUCUUCUUUAAGACACUUUGUUUUCAAGAUAUCAUUGAUCAAAAAGUUUCGCGGCUCUUUUUCUCCUUUGAGUUGGAGUAGUUAAUGAACUGAAAUGUAAAGGCGACAAGCCUUUUGGUCAAGCACCAUAAUAUUACACUUAAAUAUUUGUAUGGUUAUGAGUUACUAUCACGAAAUUGAGACAAGGAA